AUGGGGCCCUGGAGUGUGGAGUUACAGAGCUACAGUGUGGAGUUACAGAUCAGGAAUGUGGAGUUACAGAUCAGGAAUGUGGAGUUACAGAUCUGGAAUGUGGAGUUACAGAUCAGGAAUGUGGAGUUACAGAUCAGGAAAGUGGAGUUACAGAUCAGGAAUGUGGAGUUACAGAUCUGGAAUGUGGAGUUACAGAUCUGGAAUGUGGAGUUACAGAUCAGGAAUGUGGAGUUACAGAUCUGGAAUGUGGAGUUACAGAUCAGGAAUGUGGAGUUACAGAUCAGGAAAGUGGAGUUACAGAUCUGGAAUGUGGAGUUACAGAUCAGGAAUGUGGAGUUACAGAUCAGGAAUGUGGAGUUACAGAUCAGGAAAGUGGAGUUACAGAUCAGGAAUGUGGAGUUACAGAUCUGGAAUGUGGAGUUACAGAUCUGGAAUGUGGAGUUACAGAUCAGGAAUGUGGAGUUACAGAUCUGGAAUGUGGAGUUACAGAUCAGGAAUGUGGAGUUACAGAUCAGGAAAGUGGAGUUACAGAUCUGGAAUAUCUGGAAUGUGGAGUUACAGAUCUGGAAUGUGGAGUUACAGAUCAGGAAUGUGGAGUUACAGAUCAGGAAUGUGGAGUUACAGAUCAGGAAUGUGGAGUUACAGAUCUGGAAUGUGGAGUUACAGAUCUGGAAUGUGGAGUUGCAGAUCAGGAAUGUGGAGUUACAGAUCAGGAAAGUGGAGUUACAGAUCUGGAAUGUGGAGUUACAGAUCAGGAAUGUGGAGUUACAGAUCUGGAAUGUGGAGUUACAGAUCAGGAAUGUGGAGUUACAGAUCAGGAAUGUGGAGUUACAGAUCACUAAUGUGGAGUUACAGAUCAGGAAUGUGGAGUUACAGAUCAGGAAUGUGGAGUUACAGAUCUGGAAUGUGGAGUUACAGAUCAGGAAUGUGGAGUUACAGAUCAGGAAUGUGGAGUUACAGAUCUGGAAUGUGGAGUUACAGAUCUGGAAUGUGGAGUUACAGAUCUGGAAUGUGGAGUUACAGAUCAGGAAUGUGGAGUUACAGAUCAGGAAUGUGGAGUUACAGAUCACUAAUGUGGAGUUACAGAUCAGGAAUGUGGAGUUACAGAUCAGGAAUGUGGAGUUACAGAUCUGGAAUGUGGAGUUACAGAUCAGGAAUGUGGAGUUACAGGUCAGGAAUGUGGAGUUACAGAUCUGGAAUGUGGAGUUACAGAUCUGGAAUGUGGAGUUACAGAUCUGGAAUGUGGAGUUACAGAUCUGGAAUGUGGAGUUACAGAUCUGGAAUGUGGAGUUACAGAUCAGGAAUGUGGAGUUACAGAUCUGGAAUGUGGAGUUACAGAUCUGGAAUGUGGAGUUACAGAUCUGGAAUGUGGAGUUACAGAUCUGGAAUGUGGAGUUACAGAUCUGGAAUGUGGAGUUACAGAUCUGGAAUGUGGAGUUACAGAUCAGGAAUGUGGAGUUACAGAUCAGGAAUGUGGAGUUACAGAUCUGGAAUGUGGAGUUACAGAUCUGGAAUGUGGAGUUACAGAUCUGGAAUGUGGAGUUACAGAUCAGGAAUGUGGAGUUACAGAUCUGGAAUGUGGAGUUACAGAUCUGGAAUGUGGAGUUACAGAUCUGGAAUGUGGAGUUACAGAUCAGGAAUGUGGAGUUACAGAUCUGGAAUGUGGAGUUACAGAUCUGGAAUGUGGAGUUACAGAUCUGGAAUGUGGAGUUACAGAUCUGGAAUGUGGAGUUACAUAUCUGGAAUGUGGAGUUACAUAUCUGGAAUGUGGAGUUACAGAUCUGGAAUGUGGAGUUACAGAUCUGGAAUGUGGAGUUACAGAUCUGGAAUGUGGAGUUGCAGAUCAGGAAUGUGGAGUUACAGAUCUGGAAUGUGGAGUUACAGAUCUGGAAUGUGGAGUUACAGAUCUGGAAUGUGGAGUUACAGAUCUGGAAUGUGGAGUUACAGAUCUGGAAUGUGGAGUUACAGAUCAGGAAUGUGGAGUUACAGAUCUGGAAUGUGGAGUUACAGAUCUGGAAUAUCACGAAUGUGGAGUUACAGAUCAGGAAUGUGGAGUUACUGAUCAGGAAUGUGGAGUUACAGAUCAGGAAUGUGGAGUUACUGAUCAGGAAUGUGGAGUUACAGAUCAGGAAUGUGGAGUUACAGAUCAGGAAUGUGGAGUUGCAGAUCAGGAAUGUGGAGUUGCAGAUCAGGAAUGUGGAGUUACUGAUCAGGAAUGUAGAGUUACAGAUCAGGAACGUGGAGUUGCAGAUCAGGAAUGUGGAGUUACUGAUCAGGAAUGUGGAGUUACUGAUCAGGAAUGUGGAGUUACAGAUCAGGAAUGUGGAGUUACAGAUCAGGAAUGUGGAGUUACAGAUCAGGAAUGUGGAGUUACAGAUCAGGAAUGUGGAGUUACAGAUCAGGAAUGUGGAGUUACAGAUCAGGAAUGUGGAGUUACAGAUCAGGAAUGUGGAGUUACAGAUCACUAAUGUGGAGUUACAGAUCAGGAAUGUGGAGUUACAGAUCAGGAAUGUGGAGUUACAGAUCAGGAAUGUGGAGUUACAGAUCAGGAAUGUGGAGUUACAGAUCAGGAAUGUGGAGUUACAGAUCAGGAAUGUGGAGUUACAGAUCAGGAAUGUGGAGUUACAGAUCAGGAAUGUGGAGUUACAGAUCAGGAAUGUGGAGUUACAGAUCAGGAAUGUGGAGUUACAGAUCACUAAUGUGGAGUUACAGAUCAGGAAUGUGGAGUUACAGAUCAGGAAUGUGGAGUUACAGAUCAGGAAUGUGGAGUUACAGAUCAGGAAUGUGGUGAUGGGAGUCUAUUCUGCUAAGAGGGCGAUCCAAGCACUGGAUACGGGGGAUCUGAGCCUUUAA